AUGUCAGAUACUAAUCCGAAAAAAGCAGAAGAUGGAACUGAUGAUGAAGGUGAAGAUCUUCCUUUGGAUAAUGAUAAUUACACUUCAACUAUUGAAGCUGAAGAGAGAUCUGAAUCGACUUCUUACAGAGGAACAAUUGAUGAUAGCGGAAAUGAAAAUGUAGAAGAGGAAGGUAUUGAAGAUGAGUCCAUGAUAGAAGAAGAAUACAUUAUAGAUCAAGAAAAAUAUAUUUCCCAUCCAUCGUUAAGUCCAAAUGGAACGCUUCCACUAGAAAUAUUGGAAUUCCAAAAUUCGUUUGGUUAUGACUCUGGUCGGUAUUUCAAUUUAUGCGUAAUAGAAGAAGAUAUAUUACUCUUCGCAAAUGGAAAUUAUUUGAAUAUUUACUAUACAAAAACUAAAACGACAGACUAUAUAAGAAGUCCUUUAGGAUGUGGUUUUGGGCAUAUUGUGAAAAAUCCUAAUCCUGAUUAUCAUCAUGUGGCUAUCGGCAUAAAUGGACGGGAUCCGCCGAUACUGAUUUAUGAUUGGCCAACAAUGGAAAUAAUUCACGUUCUUAAAGAAGGGACAAAAAAUUCGUUCUCCCACCUCAAUUAUAGCCCCGAUGGAAUGCUUUUAUGCUCCCAGGGAGGUGAUCCUGAUUACAACAUCACAGUUUGGAAUUGGCCCAAAAGCAGCAUCCUGCUACGCACCAAAUGCUUUAUCAAUGAUGUAAUAGGAUUGAUGUUUUCGCCAUAUUGCGAGGGGCAACUGACUACUUGCGGUUUGGGUCACAUAAAAUUCUGGAAAAUGGCACGCACAUUUACAGGUUUGAAGUUGCAGGGAGAAAUUGGAAGAUUUGGUAAAACUGAAAUAUCUGAUAUCAUAGGCAUUUAUCCUAUGCCUGAUGAAAAGGUUCUAUCGGGAUGUGAUUGGGGCAAUAUCCUAGUAUGGGACGAGACUCUUAUUAAAUUUGAAGUUUGCAGAAAAAAUAGAGAACGUUGCCAUAAUGGACCCAUAACUCAAUUUGAAUAUAAUGUGGAAAGCAAUGAAAUUAUGACAAUAAGUCUAGAUGGAUGGGUUCGGAUAUGGUAUUGGGAAACAGUUGAAUUAGCUGAUCCUCCUGAAAACGAUCGUUUUGUAGAAAUUGAUCCGAUAUAUGAAUUUGAUAUUGGCAGUGAAUAUCGAUCCGUGUCUAUUAUGUCAAUGCUGAAACAAAGUCCCGAUCCUACUGAUACUUUUUGGUAUGCACAGGACGCGCAUGGUGGUAUAUGGUUAGCAAAUCUUACAACAGAAGUUAUUCCUGCUCCAGAUGCAGUCCAGGUGUUGAAAAGCCAUUGUGGACCUGUUGUGAAUAUAGCAACUGCACCCGCCAGUAAUUACAUAGCAAGUUUAAGCUCUCGAGGCAGAAUUCAAAUACACAAUUAUAUUUCGAAGAGAUUAAUAUUAGAACAUCAAUUCAUUGCCGCUGCUGGCGACUUCACUUGGUUACCCAUAGAGACAGAUCCAACAAGUUCUCUAUUAGCAGUAGGCCUAGCGGAUGGUGUACUUAGGCUUGCUUAUAUAUCGAUAGUGCGCGAAAGUGACAAAUCUUUCGGAAACGAUGGCAGCUUGAUUUUAAUACAGGCAAUAAAACCCCAUUCAAUGCCAAUAACGAAAGUUUCAUGCAAUCCUCGAGGUACAAUACUUGUGACAGGAUCUGAAGACUGCACGGUUUUCUUGUUUCAAUUUGUUAAUGAUGAACAAUUAGUUAAAUUGGAACCGAUUGGAUUCAUUCAGUUAGAAUCGGCCGUAUCGUAUAUAACUUGGAAACCAAAUUAUGCUGCUACGAUCUUUGUCGGAUGUAAACUUGGACAUUUUGCGGAAGCAGAUCUCCCGGAGCAAAAAAGACUUUAUACAAAUAUAUCGUUUCUAUUAAAACAUAUUGAUUUGCGUACUGGCAGAUUUACAAGUUGCAAAGCAGAAAUCAGACGUGAAUUAAAAAUUCAGGAAAUUGCCAAACGUAAAGCUGAUAAAGUGGAAAGAAAACGUCAAGAAUUAGAACAACUGAAAAAGGAUAACCCAGCUGCCGUAUACGAUGAAGAGAUGUAUUUGGCCGACUCGGAAAGCACAGAAACUUUGGAAGAAAUAUAUAUUCCGCCACCGAACUCCAUAUUUUGGGCAGAAUACACUUCAGAUAAAACUGUAUGGUUGAAUAUGAGUGGAUAUGACGCCGGAUACAUAUAUGAAUAUAAUAUAAAUACCGGUAAAUGUUUUGGUGCCACUAUGAUUUAUGAAGGAGAUGAUAAGGAAAUUCGGACUCGUUGUUACUACCACAACAGAAAGUAUUUAGUGUUUGGUAUGCCUGAUGGAGCUAUACGAGUAAAUCGAGUGAAUGAAGAAAAUUUUCGAGAUCUCACAGAUUUUUGGAUAUUUCCUAUGCAUGAAAACUUAAAUGGAGCAAUUAAUGGAAUACAAUUUAGUUAUGACGGAAGAUACAUGUUCAGUUGCGGCAACGAUGGAAAUAUAUUCUGUUACCGUGUUUUUCCCGAAGAUGACGAUUAUGUUGAAAUUCUACCAGUGAAGAGGACGUAUCUGGGAAAGCCUCCAGCUCAAGUACCAGAUAUAGACGACUCCGAUCAAUUAUCUUUGGAAGGAGUUAAAAAUAAAGCCGAAUAUGACGAAAAAAUGAGAGUGGCGAAUGAAAGAAAAAGCAAAGUUUUGGCUACACUUGCUUCUUAUAGAAAUGCACUUAGAAAAUUAUUUAAAAGAAAUCGAACUUUGCUGCCAUCCCAAGUAAUACCAAUAGAAGACUUUGAAAUAGAUGACCGAGUGACGUGGGAUUUGGAUGAAUCUUUAGAAAUGGAAAUGGAAUUAGUGGAGAGAAAGAUGGCCUUCGACUUGGCAAAAUCUACAAGGGCAUUAGAAAAAGCAAGAGAGUUCUUUAUAGAUCCAAUACGAAAUUUACAGAUAGAACUGCGAGCAAUCAAAAGUAACCACUCUGUGAAAACAUUCCGUGUACGAAAGCUAGAUUCACAUUUCUUUGAUGCAAAAUUCGAAAUAAUGUCUAAAUUACAAGGACCUCGUGAUACAGGCAGAAUAACAGAAGAAAAACAAGCAUUUAAUAUACUGGAUCGUGAGAUUACACAUCGUGUGGGCAAAAUUGAAUCAUUUUUAGUCGGACUAUCAAGUUCUACAAUUGAAUUUGGCCUGGGCACAGAGAUCAAUCGAGUUCUUAAAAAGUACCGUGACAGAAGAGUUAAAAAGGCAAAUAGGCAAUUGCAGUGGGAUGAAUUGAACGCUGUAAAACCAGAUCCAAAUAAACAUCAUCCUGAUGACUUAGCAGCUUUGGAGCAAGCCAGAAAAACUAUUGGUGAUUACAAAUUGAAAACUGAUGAUGACUAUAAAGUUCCUGAAGAAGAAAAGCAUACAACCUUGACUAAGUAUCAGCAGCUAAUAAACAUACGAGAAGAAAUGUUCAAGCUGCAGAAUAAUUUCAAUGAGCAAGUAUUUGAACUGAGAGAGAGCAAACUGAUAUUGACGUCCAAAAUUGUUGCACAGAAGGCAGAGUUACAAGAAAUUCAAGAAGAACUUUUGCCAGAAUUUGUCAAACCAUUACCAAUUCCACCAGAAAUAGAUGUAGAUACAGAAUUUCCAGAAAGGGCUUUAAAGGUUCGAAUUAUUACAACGGAUCCAGCUACUGGUAGAAAACGACGAGCUUCCACAAUUUAUGACCGUGUAAAACCAGUCGUUCGUGGUAAAGAUCUAGAAAAAGAAGUCCUCGGUGUACAUGGCUUUGAGACUGAAAAAAUUAUUGCUCUAAUGGAAAAGAAUGAACCAAAAACUGUUGAUAUUCCCUCCUUAACUUUGGACUCAUUGAUAUCAAUGGCUCAAACUGAUGAGUCGGAAACUCCGUGGGAAUUAGAGCUCAAAAGACUUCGCCAGAAUAGGAAAAACUAUGAACAAACUCGGAUUCUAAACGACAUCGAGGAAAGUAUCAGAAUGUUUGACGAAAAUGUUGCCUAUUACGCUGAGCUGAGAAUUACUUUAGAUGUUCAUGUAAAAUACCUUGAAUUAUUUCUACUUACAUUACAUCAAGAAUUAAUGAUUUUAAAAGAGUUUGAAGCAAAUGAAGUACUAAUGCUCGCCAAAGUUCAAGACAAAAUAAAUGAAAAAAAUGCUGUUGUAAAAAAACAAAAUGAAUUAAAGUUUAACAUAGAAGCAAGGCAAAGAUUAAUGUUGCAAAAUGUGGAGGUACAGAAAAAUUUGCAAAUCAAUUUCAUGGCUGCUGUGGCCGAUAAUAAAUUCGUAGAUUAUUUAAAAGGCAUAUUCAAGAAAAAAUAUAAACCACCCAAAGACGUGAAUGACGAAUCCGAUGAAGAAUCUUCUGAAUCGAGUGAAGAGUCAUCAGAAGAAGAUUUAGAUGCUGCGAGUUUAUCAUCAGGUGAUAUCGGAUUAAUAAAGUUAGAUGAGUCCGUUUGUCCUGAAGGAUGUGAUGUUAAUCUUUAUAAUUUGGCGUUUGAAUUGCGUGCUCAGAGACAUGAACUGGAAAUGAAAGAAAAAGAAGAACAGCGCCAAAUAGAUCUAACAAAUAAAGAAGUCAAUGUUAUGGACAAACAAAUUCGGGUUAUAGAAGAAGCAUUAAGAGUAAGGCGCGAAGAAUUAGCAGCAUAUCAACGACUAAAACAACAAAAAUUGAAUGAUGUGCAAACAACUGUUGUACUGCGACUUCACCAAAUACAAAAUUUAUCAUCUGAUGGUUCCUUAGAUUCUUUUGAGGAUAGUUUGGUUUUUAGCAGAGGCGCUAUUGGCAGUUUAUUCACCAGAGUAGGAGAAUUAAAACAUGAAACUGAAUUACAAAAAGAAAAACACAAGAAAAACCAACGUCAUUUAUGGCGUAUGAAUCAAGAUUGUUUAGUUAUGGAGGAAAGAAUUCGUAAACUACGUGAAAGUAUUGCAGAAGUAAUGUAUAGAAAAUUCAAUCAAAUUAUAGAUUUAGAUCAAUUAGAAGAAGCAAUUUUGAAGAAGUUAGUACACGAUCUAAGAUUUCGUAUGGCUGAUGUGCAAAAAUCAUAUGAUAAAGAAAUUGCUAAAUGGAAGCAAACAUUAUGCACAAAGCAACUAGAAAUGUCGAGUUCAUUAGAACAAAACACGGAAAAAUUAGAAGUUUUGACAGUCUUGCAAGAAGAAUCUCUGAAACUAUCAAAAAUAUUGAAGCAUCAAGCAGCUAGCAAGGAAGUCAUAUCAAAGGCUGAUGAGAUUGAAAAAAUAUAUAAGAGUGAUAUGAAAGAAUUGAAAAGUAUAGAAAAAAGACAAGAAGAACAAUUGAUGAAAUUACGCCAAGAGAUACGCCGUUUGAAACUUAAAUCUGAGCCACUGCCACCAAUUACGACGCGACCAAAAACAUCAGUGAAAGUAGCUUCUGAAGACUCAUUUUCGUACUUUUCAUUUAGCGAUUAUCCACCACCACCCAAAAAAGAGCCAAGAUACAAAGCAAUGUAUAGUGCUUUCCACAUUUUCUACAACUUAAUAGACCGUGUAGGUGGACAAAUAGGUUCGAGCAUGUUGGUUUCAAGAAAAAUUGUGAAGGAACUAAUGAAUUCGGUUGAUGGGGCCGAAUUAGCACAUUCUACCAUCGAAGAUAUUUUAUUUCAGGUAAAUAAUGAGCUUGAAAGCAUUGAAAAUUACAACUCCAUCAAAGAAGUGCUCCAAGAAGUUCUAGACAGAACGAUGGAAGGUCCUUCUAUAACUAUACCGAUUAUAGACGAUAUACUAGUAAAAGUUAUAGAACAAACACCAGAAUUUAUAAUGGUAAAGAACCUGGUGGAUCAGCUUCUUUCCCGAGUAGAUAUAGAAGCACAUAAGGAAAGAUUUGAUUUAGUAAAAGAUAUUUUAAAAAUCAUAUUGGAUCAUUUUCCUACAGACAAAAAAACUAUUGAAGAUUUAGAAGAGUCGGUUACAAGUAUGGUAGAACCUAUGAAAAAAGCUAUACCUUCAAAAGUCGUUGAAAUGACUCCACAAGAAGAGCUUGAGAAACAAAUUCGUAGAUUGAUUUAUAAUAUUCUAGAACAGAUUGAAAUCAUUCAACGUGAAACUGAAGUAGAAGUCGCUCAAAUAAUGUUCCCUACAGAAGCCCCGCCGAAUUUUGAAGAGAUGAUAAGCCAAGAUAUAAUAGAUGAAGUAAUUAACAGAGUCAUGGAUAAUUUCUCACUAACAGAGUCUGCUAUGCAAAUAGCCAUCGAAAAUGCAAUAAAGGAAAUGAUUAAGAAAAUUCCAGAAAAAUUAAUAAGAAUUCGCUAUAAUUUAUUCCAGGUUGCACGAGAAAUGGUAAGGCGAAUGUCCAUAACAUCUAUGGAAAUAAUGCGCGUCAAAGGUGAUAUUAUUGUCGAUAAUUUAACAGAUUUUAUCGAGCGCGAAGGACCUGAAAAUCUUACUCGUAGUAAAAUUGAGCAAAUUGUUGGUAACAUUAUAACGUACAUAAAAGAAGAAGCCUUGGGAGAAUAG